AAACGCAACGGCGUCAGUGUUGCUAGGGCAACUAAACGGUAACAUCCUACAGGUAGGAAGCAACCACAAAGUGACAGAUGCAACAGAGUCAAGCGGACCAUUCCCUGGACUACAUCUCAGCCUGUUGCAUUGCAGAUUGUAGUCAUGGCAGGGACAGUGAGGCAUGAUACCGAGAUGGCAAUGAAAGUCAAGCAGGAGCUGUCGCAGUGCACAGAUCCCAUUGAGAAGCUGAGGCUCCAGUGUCUCGCCAGGGGCUCCUCCGGCAUCAAGGGAUUGGGAAGGAUGUUCCGCAUCAUGGACGACGAUGAAAGCAAAACGCUGGAUUUCAAAGAGUUUCAGAAAGGGCUGAACGACUUUGGCGUGGCGGUUGAGAAGGAGGAAGCCUUGAAAAUCUUCAGCCUCCUGGAUCAGGAUGGGGGGGGAACGAUCGACUUCGACGAGUUUCUCACAGCUCUCAGGCCUCCCAUGUCCAACGCCAGGAAGCAGGUCAUCUCGGAGGCGUUUCGGAAGCUGGAUAAGACCGGGGACGGCGUCGUGACGAUUGAAGACCUGCAGAACGUUUACAACGUCAAACACCAUCCGAAAUACAGGAACGGAGAGUGGAGCGAGGACCAGGUCUUCAGAGCCUUCCUCGACAACUUUGAUUCGCCUUACGACAAAGAUGGGAAGGUUACAUUGGAGGAGUUUAUAAAUUACUACAGCGGAGUGAGCGCCUCCAUCGACAGUGACGCCUACUUUGUAGUGAUGAUGAGAAAUGCAUGGAAGCUGUAGGCAGCUGACAGGGUGUCAAAGGAUGAGUUUUUUAAUUACUAUUCAGGAGUUAGUGCCUUGGUGGACAGUGACGCCUAUUUUUUUUCUGAUCAUGAAAAACAGCUGGAGACUAGGGUGAAAAACAACCACCCCCAACUCAUCUGCAGUAUUUAUUGUAUUAUUUUAAGCAAUGUUACUCAUAACCAUUUGUUCUCCUUUUGUCCAAUUGCGCCACCUGCUGGGAAUACUGAAGAGUAUGUUAUGGAGUGACUGCACUCAUGAUCAGUAUUUGUUUGUUUAGACUAGAUAUAACUGACGUGUCAACACAGGCGAUUAAUGAAAUGUAAAAAUAAAAUGUUAAAGCAUGCGAGAGAAGACCUUGUUUUUUUUG